UGCUCGUUUGUUCGUUGGUUGGUUGGCUCUCAUGUCACUCACAUUAUCGUCGCACUCUCGAACAAGCCCACCAAGCGACUCACACGCACGACCACACGACCGCACGACCACACGACCACGUACCUGUUUAGUCGCACAACCGCACAGAGAGACACAGGCGCAUUCUUUUGCUCCACGCCUACUUAUGGCCAAGGGCAAGAAAGGCGCUGCUGGCGUGGGGAAGAAGAGCAACGGUUCCGGUGCAGUUGAUCCGCUGGCGAAGAAGAAGGAGCGUGCGCGCAAGCAAAGGCAAAAGGAGCUGUUGAAGAAAGUGGGCAUGGGUGUGGCGGCGCUGGCGGCACUGGUCGCCCUGUUUCUGGUCGGAGACGCGCUCGGCGGUGAGCGCCAGAUCCCGCUGGAAGGGCUGACCCAAAUCUCCAUGCCGACGCAGGAGAAAUACCAGGCGGUGCUGCGCGACGAGGGCCUGCGCCAGUCCCUCCUCACCAAGAAGAAGUCCAAGCAAGACAUCAAGGAGUACAACGAGGGGUACAAGAACAACCAGUUCAACCAGUGGAUCAGCGACCGCCUGUCACUCCACCGCCGCGCGUACGACACCAGGCCCGUGGAGUGCCUGCACAAGAAGUACUACCCGCUCUCCGAGCUGCCCACCGUCUCCGUCAUCUUGAUCUUCUACAACGAGGCGCGGUCCACGCUGCUGCGCACGGUCUGGAGCGUCCUCGACCGCUCGCCCAGGUCCCUCAUCAAGGAGAUCCUGCUCGUGGACGACCACAGCUCCAUGCCCCACCUCGGCUACCCGCUGGACCAGGAGGUUGCCGGCAUCCCCAAGACGCGCGUCAUCCGCCUGCCGGAGCGCUCCGGGCUCAUCCGUGCCAAGGUGUACGGCGCCCAGCAGGCGCGUGGCGACGUGCUCGUGUACCUCGACAGCCACUGCGAGGUGAACGACGGGUGGCUGGAGCCGCUGCUCGACCGCAUCCGCCGCAACCGCAAGACGGUGGCCAUGCCCAUCAUCGAUGCCAUCGACUACGAGACGUGGGAGCACCGCACGGGCCUGCUGGAGCGCGGCAUCUUCGACUGGUCGCUCGUCUUCAAGUGGAAGCAGCUCACCGCAGACGACAAGCGCGGGCGCCCCGAUGACACGGACCCGUUUGCCAGCCCGGCCAUGGCGGGUGGCCUGUUUGCCAUGGACCGCAAGUACUUCUUCGAGGUUGGCGCGUACGACAUGGGCAUGGAAACGUGGGGCGGCGAGAACAUUGAGAUGUCCAUGCGCGUGUGGGCGUGUGGCGGGCGCAUCGAGGCCCUGCCGUGCUCCCACGUUGCACACGUCUUCCGUAAGAAGACCCCAUACGAGUUCAAGACCAAGGACCCACAGGAAACGAUUGCGCGGAACCUGAACCGGGUUGCAGAGGUGUGGAUGGACGAGUACAAGGACGUGUACUACGCCGUUACCCACAACCGCAAGUACGGCUAUGGCGAUGUGUCGCAGCGCAAGCAGUUGCGGCAGCAGCUCGGCUGUAAGUCGUUCAAGUGGUACCUCGACAACGUCUUCUACGACCUCGAGCUCCCAUACGAUAUCCAGCUGAAGAACGGGACAAGCUUCCCCACGCUGUCGUGUCCACGCGACACGCGGCCGUGGUGGCAGCGCUGAGAAACGAACGACGGCCCGCAGCACCACAACUACACAUGCCCACGCAUACGCACACACACACACACACAUGCGUGCAUGCCUUCACACACUCACACACACACACACACACACACACACAUCAAUGAAUGAUCGCCAUCACUGCUGCCAGCGCGCGUCUUUUGUGUCCGUCGUUCGUUCACUCGUGCGUGACUAUUUGGACCCGCGCGCACAGUCGCACGCCAACACACACACACACACAUAUGCGCACGCCUGUCCAGUCUGGUUAUUCUCGUCUCAGCAGCACCAUCCAAUACAUCAAGCAAACAAGCGAACAA